UCUUUACUCUGGCAGGAUGGUGUUGGUGUUUAUGAAGAUGAUCACUGGUGGGAGUAGGAUGAGUGGUGACAGAAGGGUUUGAUGAAAUGGAAAACAAAUGCGGAUUUUGUGAUAAGAAAACUUUGAGUCUUCGGCGGUGUUCUGCAUGUCAACAGGUGUCCUACUGUUCCACCGUGUGUCAGAGGGAAGACUGGAAACGUCAGCACAAGAUCAAGUGUAAAGAACUUCAAAAACGUGAACAAACUGAACAAGCCGAAAAAUCAAAAGAUUUCUAUAAUAUUCCUGAUAUUGGCAGUGCAACCGGUGGAACUUUGUAUCAAUCGGAAGCAUUGCAUGGGAUAUUACAUGAACAGUUUAUGGAAUUCUCAAGACAAAUUGGAACGAACCGUUUUUUUUGUGCCGAUAAUUUAUCAGGAAGUGUACUUGACUUUGAUGACGAUCAUAAUAAACAGAGUAAUAAGAAAGGAACGGUAAGUGCUCCUUACAGUAGUUGUUGUGUAUGUGGCAAAGCAAACGACUCGGUUAAAUUAUGCACUCGGUGCAAGAUGGUGUGUUAUUGUUCCAAGAUGUGCCAGCGUCAGGAUUGGAAAAGUCACAAACUACAAUGUAAAGAUCCGGAAAAGGACGUUCACGAGACCAUAACUACAGACGGUUAUCGACGAGAGGAAACGUUCGCCUCAGAAUCAGCAAGGUCGACAGGCAGUGGUGCGUUUAAUCGCUCUCUUCCCUUCCCAGAAAAACCAAACCUUGCACAACGUUCUCAUGUUAAACCAGGCGCCCUCGACAAAGUUAAGAGUCUGACGUGGAAGGCUUUCCCGGGCUGCACAAUUUUGGACUUCGUCCGGGAGAUCCCACACGAGCACUUAGGAAUGAGACCACGUGGUACCUCUAGAGUAGCUGUGGGGUUUAUUUCGCGAUAUCACAUAUAUGUGUUGCGACAUUGUAUAUAUUUACAGGACAAAGAUGGAGAUGAAGUAUGUGUGGGGUUUUACUUUGAGCGUGACGAGCCCCGACCUUAUUUCCGGUGGAGUGACGUCGUUCCCGGACGGUACCUGUGCAUAGCAGAUCCAUACAUCCACCAGUUCCUCGACGGCUCCGUGGGCAUCCGAGUAGAUGACCCGUCUACCGUUCGGGUGUUUACACUUUAAAUACACUUUGUAAAUUGUAUUUGGAAAUCUUCAAAUGUGAAAUAACGUGUUUGAGAUAUCAGUGUGUGACUUUCAAUUUAUGCAAAUCCUUUUUAGGUUGAGCGGAAAGAUUUUUAAAAUAUAAGUAAAAUUGAAAAAAGAAGAAAUAGAUAAAACGAGUACAUAAGAUACCAAGAGACGUUGAAUAUCAUUCUGAAAUAUAUAACUUAAUAAACCUAAGAGACAGUUGGUAAAAACUGACACAUUCAGACAUGAUACCACUAUCCCCACCCGCUAGACGUUGUUCGAUAUCUGCAACUGAAGGUUAAUAUAUUCUGGAGGACGUUUGAAACAAGUACAAAUUUACUACAAAAUGGACCCUUCCUUGAUUAUAGAUUGUCAGUCGAUGUAAGCGUUUCAAACAAAAACUCCCUACCUUGUUGCAUACUCAUCAGCACCUUAAUAUUGUAUUAUUUCAAUUAAAUUCAUUAAGUCAACCAUUGACGUAGAUCAAACUGUUGGGGUUUGCUAAAAUAGAGAACAAUUUAUGAUAAAAAAAUCGAUAUUGUUUAAAAGGUUUAGACUCAUGGUAUUUUGUCAUUAUCUUGAUUUGGAAAGGGCUUCAGAAUUUGUCACUGAUAACAGAUAAUAAUUUCACAUGUUGACUAUACCUAAUUUCUACACUGCUCUAUACUUAUCUCUGAGGCUGGUAGUACCUGGUAGAUAUUUUUGAUCGAUUACCGCAGCAAACUCAAAUCAAAACCGAAAGUCAGAUAUAUAAAUGGUUAUUUUUUAUGUUUGUCAGUACGAACAUCUCUCCCGACAAUUAAGCGAUACUGCAUAUUGCGCUACAGUAUGUUCAAUUAAAAUCUACAAACAUAUUCAUUACACAUUUUUAGCUGAUUUAUUCACAUGCUAAUAUAACCGCGAAGGAGAAAAUACUUUACCUAAUGUUCAUAUAGCAUAAACACAUUGUUCUCGGUAUGUAAUUAUCCAUUGUUCUGAUUUCAUUGCUAUAUUAGUUUGUCUUCGUUAAUAUAAAAUGCAUUGUAAUCUUCAUUUUGAGGAACAAAAGAUAAUAAUGUUUAACCUGGAGCCUCUUUAUCGGACCGUUUAGUAUCUGAAAUCGGUGCUUAAUAAUUACAGCAAACUAAACACCAAAGUACAAGUGAAACUGGUAUUUAGUUUCUCAGUAUGAAUAUCAUUUGGAAGGGAAUGUACGUUAUACAUAUUUAGGUUACACGACGGUGACGUAUAAAAUAAUAAUGUGAAAAUAUAUAGGUAACCCAUAUUCGUGUUAUCUUUAUUGCCUUUCAACACGUUUUGAUAAGACAAAUACUCAAUACAUGUACAUACAAAUAUACUUCAGUAUUACGUCAGCAGUAUAGUUACACAACAAACUUUUUCCAAUAAUCAGGUCACUUUCACUUUCAAAUCAUGAUGUCAGCAUUUCCGAAAAAUAUAUAUCCCUGUAAUACACAGGUUAUCAGCGACAGAGGUCGCUAAGCCUAUAUAUACCUGCCAGAGCAAUACACAUCCGAUCGUUUGAUGUUGUCCAAAUUAAACGUAGACAGUCUGAUUGGGGUAUAAAAACAACUCUGGACUUGAUAUACCGGCAAAGCUGUCAUAAUUGAUACUCGUUUUGAACCCGACAUAUCGACCAAGGUAAAGGAUUUGAAAGAGCAAUGGGAGAUAUCUGUGGAUAUUGUGGUAUGGAGGCCUUGAAUCUUCCGCGCUGUUCGGCAUGUCAUCAAGUGAAUUACUGUUCCACUGCCUGUCAAAGGGCGGACUGGAAAGGUGAACACAAGGUCAAAUGUAAAGGGAUCCAGAGUCGUGAUCAAAACAAAAACCUCAACUCACAGAGAAAAGAAAAUUUGUCAAAGAAGAAAAACGACAAACGAAACAGAACGCCUUUCCAUAACAAUCAUGAAGAAGAAGGCGAAGAAAACAAAAAACGUCAAUACCGGAAGUGUAUGGCUUGUGAUAAAACAGCGUCCUCUAUGGAGCAUUGCAAUCGAUGUAAGGUGGCGAAUUAUUGUUCAAAGAAGUGUCAGCGACAACAUUGGAAUGAACACAAAUUAAAUUGUACGCUUCCCGAGGAAGAAGAUUACGAAACUUUAACCACGGAAGGAUACCGACGAGAGGCAGCAUUCGCAUCAGGAAGUAGUAGACGGGCAGCUCUUCAACAGGCAAGGCGUCUGACCCUGAAAGCGUUUGUAGGCUGUAUGGUGUUGUACUUUAUCCGAGAGAUCCCGCGCAGCCGAAGAUAUUCAUCCAGUGUUUUCAUUGGUUUGAUAUCGAGAUGUCACGAAUAUUUGUCUAGGUGUAUAUACUUACAGGAUGAAGACGGGAACGAAGUACGGGUGAGGUUUAUUGUGGAGAUCGAAGGCCGGCAGUCACGCUUCCGGUGGAGUGACGUAGUUCCGGGACGGUACAUGUGUAUAAAAGAUCCACUCAUAGACUAUUUAUCUAGCACCAUAUAUGUAGACAAUGCUCACGCAGUUCGUGUUUUCUGUGUUUAAUGGAAAACUGACCGUAGUUGUAAAUCAUUGGGAAGAACAGAAACCGGCUUCCAGGACAAACGUGAUACGAUUUGUAGAAAGUUACCCUCUCGCCAAACCGGAAUAUUAUUCAAAUUCAAAUAGUUUGAAAUGUAAAUCUUCUUGAAAAUUUGAUAAACUAUAUAAACAUAUAGCUCCAGCUUUGUCUACCUUUGAACGGGAGUGCUGCUGCUGUCUCCAACUCUGAACGGAACGCAGCCAAUCAUUUUGUUAAAAGUGUUUCAUAAAUUUGCUUUUUUUGCCAAAAAAAAA